AUGGGUAUGCAUCUCUCCCAAUUGGAUGGGAUCACCUCACCAUUGAAGCAGCAGAGGAACACUAGUAGUAACAACCCUGUGAGCCCAGCUCUCAUCUCUCUGCAGUUGCCCAUUCCUUUACCAGUGAUACCUCUAUCACUCACCGCUGGUGACUCAAACAUGUUGCCUAUAUUAGUACCUCCACCAGCCAUGGUCCAACCCAACACCUCUGCUACUGUCCCUCUCUUUGUCAAUUUAUCAGACGAUCAGACGAUCCAGACCCUCUUUGCUACUACCUUUCCAAAUUGUGUCUAUACUAAGGCAACAUUUUAUAAGCAUCACACUGCUUAUCGGGCAGCUAUUGAGCAUUUGAGUGAUAGGGUAGAAUUUGCCGUUGAUGCAGGAUAUAGUCCUGCUGGCCAGUGGAACACCCUCUUGGCUGAAAUUAAAGCUAAUGCUCUGAGUCUCACCCCUACCCUGCCUCCGAGUCUACCAAUGGACCCAUCUACUGCUGACACUGGAUUGCUGCUCCCUACUGACCUAACCAGUGAGAUUUUUAAUCCGAUUUACUCCUUCCAUGGCCAGCUAAUCCUUGUCUUCAAGUCCUACCCUGCCUCUGAGUCUACCAAUGGACCCAUCUACUGCCGACACUGGAUUCCCACUCCCUACUGA